AUCAAAAUCCGUACGACGCUCCCCAGUAUCCCGCCAAUCGACUCUCGCGAUGAAAUACACACUUCGCGGCUCAUAAUCCGAGCACCGCGCAUCUCAGACGUGCCUGCUCUGCACAUACUUCGCAUCCAACAUGAAGCCAUGAAGUAUUCCGCCAAGGGCGCGGACAAGACUCUAGAAGACACACGGCGGAGUCUGGACGAUUUCUUCCCUCCAAACGACAGCAAAACCUACCACUUCCUCAUCUUCGAAAAGGACACGGGAGACUUGGUCGGCAAAGGCGGAAUGCACGGCAUCACAGGACGCAACUUUGGAUGGCCAGAAGUCGGCUACUCUUUCAAGCAGGAAGCAUGGGGCAAAGGAUACGGAACCGAGUUCCUGACGGCCUUCCUCCAGAAUUGGUGGAGUUUGCCUCGCAGCGAGGUGGAGAUUGAGGUUGAUGCGACAAGCCUGGAUGCCGAA